AUGAGCGAGCGCCGGGCCCUCUCCCGGCGCCGAUCCGAGUCCGGCGGCGGCCUGCUGCUCAAGAAGCAGGGCGCCGCGGUCCGCCACGAGGGCCUGCUGCUGUCCAGGGUGCCCGCGGAGGAGCGGCACCGCGCAGGGGCACGUGCUAGGCGCAGCAUCGUGCAGCUGGCCAGCAUGCUCAAGUGCGUGUCCGGCUGCAACCCGCUCAGCUACCGGGGCUACGGCUGCUUCUGCGGCUACAUGGGCGACGGCACGCCCGUCGACCACAUUGACAGCUGCUGCCUGGAACACGACUGGUGCUACUCGCAGUCCCCGUGCUCCAAGCUGUCCUUGUACCUGCUGCCCUACGACUGGCACUGCCUGACGCCCGGCCUGGCGCACUGCGCGCACCCGUCUUCGCUGAGCCCGCACGCCCACUGCGGCCAGCAGCUGUGCCAGUGUGACCUGGAGUUCGCCAACUGCGUCAGCCGUUACCCGUGCCCUCGCAGGAGGGUGUCGUGCCAGCACAGCAAGUUCGCCUCGUUCCACCGAUUCCUGCACGGCAAGAAGAGAUAGCAAUUAACGAGCCCUGCCCCCCUCCAUUGGGGGCAGGGUGCCGACCGAUACAACAAUGGACUGCUCUACGCGCGGGGACCGACGCCCACUGCCCUGCUUCACUCGCCCCGCCUUCAACCGUACAGCCCGGCGCCGCACAAGAGACGAAAGAUCAAAGGUCGUCGGCCUCCCGGUCACCCGACGGCCCGACGACCGGGCUGGAGAUACAAGAGACCCCGACAAGGCUCGACGCCUUGGACUUCCGUGUGGUUCCCGACUUCCCCUUCCGUUGCACUCAACAAGACGCACCUCGGCAAAGUGCGACCGUACGUGGGCGCCAAGAAGGCGCCGGUAGCGCCGCCUACCAAGAUGGAACACAAGAGGCCCACGCAGAUUGCGCAAGUCGAUCCCCGGGAACUGUCCUCGUAUUCGGCUAACCUCAGCGUGGUCCUACCUGUCACACCGGAGGAGCCGCACCAUGAGCGGCGCGUGAGUGAUUCUCGCGGCGCAGGCCCCCUCGCAGUGAGAGGAGAUUCGACGGAAGUGCUGUCAACUGCGUCUUCCGGGACGCUUGGAUCGUCCAAUGCCACCAGCGCACCGUCGAGUGACGUUCAAGAGGGCGGCGGUCCAACAGAAUUAACCCAACCGGCUCCUGAUCGACGGACGGCUCUCGCGGGUGAACCGCAGUCGACGUUCAUUAGGAAGAAAUCGCCACUAUACCCGGCCCACUCGCCUGGAACAGGCUUCUUCCUAGAAGCUAAACUUAUAAAGUACCCGAAGCGAAGCGCUCCCAGCCCACCAACACGGCAGGUGGUGUCGGAGCAGAAUCGAGGCCAUCGAACAGCUCCGGUCCAGGCUUUGGACAUUGUGAGUGCACUACCUCAGAUGCAGUCGACACCGGCUACGCCCACUACACUCGAACUUCUUCUCAGUACCACACGACGUGCUGAGCACACAAGUGCGGUUGCUCUCCCUACGCUCCUCCCCGUCGCCAUAGAAACUGCUCGCGACGUAUCUUCGUCAGAACAGUCAAGGCUCGAAGGUCUGCCUGGGAAUUCCAGCGAGGAAGCCACUGCAUCUUACAGGCCGCCAACGGCGAGAGAGCAACUAAGCUCUCACAGUGCUGAAACAGAGCCUAGUUCGGGGUGAAAACACUUUCAGGGUCAGCCAGACUUAUCUUAAAUGUGCGGUCCGUUUGUCUUCAGUGGCCUGCACUGAAGAAACUGGACUGAAUGAGGCAUUCUACAAUGUGAGGCGAGAACUUGGUGUAUAUCGUUUUGUGAAUGUGGCGUUUUACUUUCAAAGGUCCGCGUACGAAACUUUUUACAAAGUGUGUGUUUGUGCUCUGUGACUGAAAAAAUGUGAACCAGUCUCUUUGCCAACUUGCGUAUCCUACACUGUUAUGCGACGCAGACAUUACUGUCGUACUGUGUUAAUUAUUUUUUAUAAUUUCAUGAGUUACCUGUUUCAUUAUUGAAAGUUACCAAUCCGUUCCAUUCACAUGCAUGGCGACAUUUAUUGAAUGUUGCCUCACCAUUUUGUUCA